GAAAAAAAGGAAAUAAAAGAAAAAAAGCUGUCAUCCAACAAAUCACAUCGUCCACCUUUCUUCCCCAAAAACCACGAGACCAUCAUCCACCUUCCUUCCCAAAACCCAAUCCAUGUCUGCACCAAAAAAAUCUCAAACAAUAAUUUAAAAAAAUUCCAAAAUUUUCCGACGACCACCACUCCUCCUCCUUUCAAGGAUACAGCUUCGUCGGCGAGCCAGGUAACAUUCUCCGGCGAAAAAAUAACAGCACCAUCGAUCUCCGAUAAUUGGUGCUCUACAUCUCCUCAACGGCCCAGAUUCAGUUUAAAUAAAAUGUCUUCAAAUUCGAUUUUGCUCAUAUAUCCAUAGAAGAUGGGGAUGAGGUUAGGAUCUUUGACGUCGGAGGAGCAGCGGCGGAGAUGGUGAUUUCUUGAAAAGAAAAAUUGGGGAGAUCUUUUUUUCACUGCUAUGGUCGAACACUCGGUCGGCAAACGAAUGAGGAAACGGGGCAAGUAAUGGCGGCGGCGGGUUGGAAAUAGUUUAGAGGUGGAAAUGAUGAUUUGCCGGGGUGGGAUUGGUGGUCGGUGAUUGCGAGAGAGUGGAAAAAACCAAUUGGAUUAUGCACGAAUAUCGAUUGGAGGGCAAGCAUUCUUUGCAAAAUCUCCCCAAAACUGCUAAUAAUGAAUGGGUGAUAUGCAGAAUAUUUAAGAAGAGUAGUGAUGGGAAAAUAGUGCCUAUAUCAGGGUUUGCAAGGAAUAGAAACUGCGGAGUCGAUUCAGAGGCGGCGUCCGAUUUGCCUCAGCUGAUGGAUUUUUCCUCUGACGAAAAUCAUACAAGAACCACUUGUGCACGUGCUGCUGAGGGAUCUCACGUGACCUGCUUCUCCAAUCCGAUGGAGGACCCACGAGAUAUAACACCGUUCGAUGACUUCAGUUCUUCGUCUUCUUCGAGAAACUUCCGUUUCUCGCCUUUUCCGUUUGUUCUACCUCAGAAUUCUGUUUUCCUCGAUAGCAAAAGCUUUUCUAAUACGAAGCGAAACGGUGAUGGGGAAUUCUCGCAGGAUAUGUGUUCCGCUAUGUCGUCGUACAACGAAGUGUCGAAUGUCUUCUUUUAGUAAAUGCAGAUUGUAUGUUUCUGUAUACGUUUUCGUUUUCGUUUAUCUACUCGUUUACGUAUGUCCGAUAUUUCGACGAAGAACUGUCCAAGUUUGCAAUUAAAGAUUCUUGCUAAAUCUAUGGAAUCAACUUUUUUAAAUUUUAAUU